AUGAAACAUCUAUAUCAAUUAGGACUAACACUCACAGAAGACAAAAUCAAGCAACUAACACUCAUAGAAUUAAAAACGCAUCUGCAAAAUUAUGGAUGCAGUUUGAAAGAGUUCAAGACAAUGCCAUAUCCAAAGGACUUUGUGAUUAAUUUUCUGAGCAACAAAUUGAUAUAUAAUGAGAGACAAUAUAAUCCAAAUGAAAAAAAUGAAAUUUUCCAUGGAUUAUUUACCUCCCUGACAGAUAAGCAAAGAGAUAUCUUCAAUGAAAUCAUAGAAACCGUUCAAACCCAACAAGGUGGUGUGUUUUUUAUGUAUGGCUAUGGUGGAACUGGUAAAACGUUUAUGUGA